AGGCUUUAAUUUAAAGCCACGGAAGCACAUGUACGGGCUGUCUGUCCUCUCCACGGCCAUGAAGAAGACGGGGAGGGGCGGAACCCCUCCUUGUUGCCGCUCCACCGAGUGGCCGCGUCCAUUCUGUGCCGGUGGUCGGAUUUAAGGAGUAGGGAAGUUAGCUUUAGGGAUCGCAGAGCGUAGUGACCCCCAUGGCCCGGCUCGGAGGCGUACCGGGGCUGGUGCUGCUGUUCAGCGGGAAGAGGAAAUCCGGGAAGGACUUCGUGACCGAGGCGCUUCAGAGCAGGCUAGGGGCUGACGUGUGUGCUGUCCUCCGGCUCUCUGGUCCACUCAAGGAGCAGUACGCUCAGGAGCACGGCUUGGACUUCCAGAGACUCCUGGAUGCCAGCACCUACAAGGAGGCCUAUCGGAGGGACAUGAUCCGCUGGGGCGAGGAGAAGCGCCAGGCUGACCCAGGCUUCUUCUGCAGGAAGAUUGUGGAGGGUGUCUGCCAGCCUGUCUGGCUGGUGAGUGAUACACGGAGGGUGUCUGACAUCCAGUGGUUUCAGGAGGCCUAUGGGGCUGUGACACAGACGGUCCGUGUGGUGGCCACAGAGGAGAGCCGGCAGCAGCGGGGCUGGGUGUUUACACCAGGGGUGGACGACGCUGAGUCAGAGUGUGGCCUGGACAACUUCGGGACCUUCGAUUGGGUCAUUGAGAACCAUGGGGAUGAGCAGCGCCUGGAGGAGCAGUUGGAGCACCUGAUUCUUCACAACCACUCUGUGAAAUAUUCGAGGAGGACAUUUUCAUCUGCAUUUAGCAGAUGCCAAGGACUCAAGAGAAGUAAACAGCCUGUCCAGGGUAAAGGAUUAGUAAAUGUUGGCACUCUGGCCAGAACACAGGCCGCCUGACUCCUGACCGGGCCCCUCGGCCAUGUCCCUUUGGGGUAUGGUGCAAAGCUGCACGGCCAUCCUGGCCAUCCUACUGCGUAGCCUCAGCCCGCCACCUCUCUGGCACUGACUUUGUUCUCCUAUAAAUUCUGAUGGUUCACGCUGAUAAGGGGACAACCAAGGAAAUUCCAGCGGUUUCACUGUGACUCACACUGAACUCUGCACAUUCCUGCCCACAUCUCCCCCCUAGAUCACCUCAUCCUGAGACUAGUCCCCUGGCUCUCCCACAGGUCUGAAGGCUGUGGACUCCUCUGUGUCCCCUAACCCCUGGCUGAUUGGUCCCCAGGUUAUGUUAAUCUGCCCUGUCUGUGUGCCUGGCACACAGUGAGGCCAGACAAGACCAAAAUGUCAGAGUUGGGAGCAGAGAGAGGUUCACUGCAGGGCCACGCAAGGAGACGGGUGGCUUCUGCCUUAAAAGACCCCCAACUCCCGGAAAGCUUUCAGCAAAGCCCUUUUAUAGGAAAGGGGGGUGGCGUGGUUAGUUGUUGCAGGCUUCUUGGCGUCAGAUCCUUUGUUCUUAAGGUCAGGUCAUGGUCCGGUCACAAUGUUGCUGGAAGGCUCCACCAAAACAAAUGUUAUUCUCUGUUCUGACAACGAAGGGCAAAGUCCUACGGCUCAACUUUUGCCCUCUGAGGCCCAGGCUAAGAGGAGGAGUCCCUGGGCUGGCUGGUUACUCUGCCCCAGAGCACUGGUCCAGCACCCAGUCUCUGUCCUUCUACCAGUGCCCAGGCCCUGCUGAAGAGGCAGAUCUUAGCUGGUGGCACACUCAGGGGCAGGGCCCCAGAGCCUGCCCAACUGUCAUCACUGAGGGAGCCAGGCACCCAGCACCCAGCCAGCCCUCGGGCUUUUCAUUUAAACUGGAGUGAAUCAUUUGGUUGGGAUCAGUAGGAAUACAUGUUGUAGCAAAUGCCCAUCAUGUUAGUUCCCAGCUCACAGCAGUUGCCAUUCUUUGAGAACAGCUCCACCCAUAGGGGUGGACCUGAAGUCAUAAUGGGCAGUGGCCUUGCAACUUAACCCUGACCUCUGCCACCUUCUAGAGGGUAGACAGCUGAUCUCAGCUGUAUCAGUUUUUGAAGUGUGAAUGGAGACCCUGAAGCUGGUUGAAGCUGUGACCUUAAUGGCAUUGCCAUGCACUCCAGUUGCUGAGGCCUCUGUGGGUGUUGACCCACGGAGAUCGGCACCACCAUUAGACCCAGAGGGGUAUGGAGGAGAGGGCGCAGCGGCUUCAAGGCCUGGGCCUGGCCAGCACAUGGCCUUGGCGAGGGCUCUGGAGCUCUGCGAGACACAGCCCUCUGCCUUUCCCCGGGCCCCCCAGCGCACCCACCAGCUCUGAGGCUAGAGAGCCUGUAUAGCCCCGGAGAGAAGGCCGAGACCCGCCUCUCAUCUACCCUGCCGUGAGGACCACUGCCAGGCUGACUGUUGGCGGAGUGGCACCUCUAACCACAGCGCUAAGGGUCUGGAACUCAUCGCCGGGCACCCGCCCUGCCCCGCCCCGCCCCGUCACAUGUCUUCCCUCUGGGAUUCUCACUGGAAGGUAAACUCCCUCAUGGUCGGGCUGUGUCUAUCUUGUAGUUGUAGUCCCGUCUCCUAGAGCUGUGGGUCCACAGUGGGCAUCAGAAAAUGGAUGUAAUUGGAGGCAGGGCGAGGCAGGACUGUAGGAGUCACACUAGGUGGAAUCCUGUGGGUAGUCAUUUUGUGCAUUGGAUGUUUCCUCACCUCCCAGCAGAGGCUCUGAUCCAGCCCCACUACCUGGGCCUGGAACCUCUGCUUCCUGCUGGUAUUGAGGCUGCUGGAGUCCUUUCCAACACAGACUGUGCUGGCCUCCUUUGGCCUCCCCUUAGCUCCGCUCUUUGUGAGGGCUUCCCUGAUAGCUCACUUGGUAAAGAAUCUGCCUGCAAUGCAGGAGAGCCUGGUUCGAUUCCUCAGUAGGGAAGAUCUGCUGGAGAAGGGAUAGGCUACCCACUCCAGUAUUCUUGGGCUUCCCUUGUGGCUUAGCUGAUGAAGAGUCUGCCUGUAGUGCGGGAGACCUGAGUUUGAUCCCUGGGUUGGGAAGGUCCUCUGGAAAAGGGAAAGGCUGCCCACUUCAGUAUUCUGGCCUGGAGAAUUCCAUGGACUAUACAGUUGCAAAGAGUCAGACACGACUGAGCGACUUUAACUUCACUUGUGAGGUCAUUUCCCCCUCAGUGUUGUACCAGACUAAGAGAUGACUGAUUUGUUUUUCUUUCUUUCUCAUUUUAGUGAGCUGUAAUUGACAUAUAACAUUUAUAAGUUUAAGGUGUACAUGUGAUGUUUUGAUUCAUAUAUCUAUUAUGAAAUAAUUACCACAAAAUUGGUGAAGAACCAACUCACUGGAAAACAUCCUGCUGCUGGGAAAGAUUGCAGGCAGGAAGAGAAGGGGGCAGGGGAUGAGAUGGUUGGAUGUCAUCACUGGCUCAGUGGACAUGAGUUUGAGCAAACCCCGGGAGAUAGUGAAGGACAGGGAAGCCUGGCGUGCUGUAGUCCACGGGGUCACAAAGAGUUGGACAUGACUGAACAACAACACCUCUGUCACCUCACAUAACUGUCAUUUGCUUUGGGUGGUGGUAAGGACAUUUAGCAACUUCCAAGUAUAUAAUACAGUAUUGCUAAGUGCAGUGACUGUGGUACAUUAGAUCUCCAGAACUUGCUCACCUCGUAACUGAAAGUUUGUAACCUCUAACCAACAUCUCUGCAUUUCUCCAACUCCCAGCCCCUGGCAGCCAGCAUUUUACUCUUGUUUCUGAGUUCAGUUUUUUUAGAUCCUACAUGUAAGUGAGAUCAUGAAGUAUUGAUCUUUCUUUGUCUGCCUCUUUCACUUAGCAUAAUGCCCUCAAAGUUCAUCCGUGUUGCUGCCAAAGGUGGGUUUCCCUCUUUUUUUUUUUUUGGUUAAAAAUAUUCCAUUCUGUGUAAACCUAGCACAUCUUCUUAAUCCAUUCAUUCGUUGAUGGACAAUUGGGUUGUUUCCAUGUCUUGGCUAGUGUGAAUAAUGCUACAAUAAACAUGGGGAUGCAGAGAUCUCUUUGAAAUAGUUGUUUUCUUUCCUUCAGAUGUCUGCCCAGCAGUGGAAUUGCCCUAUGGUCACUGAUUGUUGUUAAUUAAGUUUAAACACCAAGGAGGCAGGGAUGAAGCAGAGAAGGGGAUGUGGGGUUGGUGGUUCUCAUAUGUCCCUUGUAGGAGUGCUGACCUGGUUCUUGGCUCGGAGUGUUUGGAAGUCACAGGAUGUGACUUGGGAAGCCAGCAAGUCUACUCCCCAUCCUUUGACAGGUUGGCCCUGAUGCCUUUUAACAUGGGAGGACCCAGUGGCUAACUAGAGUCACUUCUGCUGGACUUGAAGAUUCUCUGCACUUUAAAAAAAACCCUGAAAUUUCUCUAAAUAUCAAAAUCAGUAAUAACCCUGAGUUUUAAUACCCUAUGUUAUGAUGAGAGUUUUAACUCCUUUUGUUUUAAGACAGUCUCCCCACUUUCCUAAUCUUUGUUAAUUUUGUGUAUGGUUAUGAUCUCAGAGUAUUGCUGUUAAGUUAUUUUUAAUAUUAUAUAUAUGUUCUUUUAAUAAUCAUUUGUAUCACUAACAUUCUCUUAAAAUUUUAUUAUUCUGCUUCUAAACUGCUGAAUGGAGGUGUAAUUGUCAUGUAAUAACUGCACAUUUAAAGUGCACAAUUUGGCAAGUUUUGAUAUUUGUAUAUGCCCAUGAUCACAAUUAUGAUGGUUAUAUCCAGGACUUCCCUGAAGGUCCAGUGGCUAAGACUCCGAGCUCCCAAUGCAGGGGGCUUGGGUUUGAUCCCUGGUCAGGGAACUAGAUCCCGUAUACCACAGCUGAGAGUUCUCAUGCUGCAGCUGAAGAUCCCAGAUGCUAUAACGAAGAUCUGGGAUCCUGUGUGCAACUAAGACUGGUGCAGCCAAAUAAAUAUUUUUUUUAAAAAAAUGGACGUAUCCAUCACCCUCAAAAACUUCACCAUGUCUACCCUCCCUCUCCCAACCCUUGUUCCCAGGCAACCACUGAUUUGCUUUCUGUCUCUAUAGAUUAGUUGUCAUUUUCAGUAACUGUAUAAAUGAGCUAUACACUGUAUAGUCUUUUUUGGUCUGAUUUCUUUUUCUCAGCAUAAGUUUUGAGCUCAGUCUACAUCACUGCAGAUGCAUGUGGAUAGUUUGUUUCUUUUUAUUGCUGUUGUGUGGUGUGAAUAUACCACCACUGUCUAUUCAUUCACCUGUUGAACAUUUGGGUUGUUUCCAGUGUUUGGAUAUAACAAAUAAAGAAGCUAUGAACAUUCAUGUAA